GAAUGGGGGAGUCCUCGAAUCCGUAGAAUGGUCAGUCCGCACUUCAAUACCGUCAGAGCAAGUCGCGUAACAUCAUCAACAACUACUCUUUCUCUCUAAGUGAACUACUUCUUCUUCAUCUCCCGUGGAUAUUUUGCUGUGCAUCGAAGAAAAUAUUAUUUUUUUUAUAUAUAUAUACAUACAUACACCAGUGAUUUUAUUUGGAUCAUCGAAGAUGGUUCGCAGUUUGGCGAUGUGGACGAAAACGUUGAGUUUUCCAGCGAGGAUCUCACCGAACAAAACCGAAAAGAAGGAUGCUUCGACGGUGAAGAGUCCAACUGUGACUCCGACGCCGAGCACCAACUCCCUGGCUCCCAACUGCGUGAAGAACAACAACGACAUCAACAGUCUCAUGAACGAGACCAACGGAAACCAUGAGUUUGGAAGCCAUAUCUACCCAGAUCCGGAUUCAGAGAAGGCCAUCAUGAGUUCGGUGGUGUAUUGUAUCCAUCACAAGGAAGGAUGCAAAUGGUCAGAUGAGCUUAGGAAGUUGAAGGCACAUCUGAACACGUGCAAACACGAUGCAAUUCCAUGCACCAGCAAAUGCGGAGCCCAAAUUCCGCGCGUCUUAAUGGAGGAUCACCUGAAGUACACAUGUCCUCAGCGCAGAGCACGUUGCGAGUUUUGCAACAAAGAAUUCACCGGACACAGCCUUGAGAAUCACAUCGGUAGUUGCAGUUACGAACCAAUGUACUGCGAGAACAAGUGCGGAAUGAAGGUACAAAGAAGGCAUUUGGGACAACACAAGAGCACAGAAUGCUCGAAACGUCUUCUGCCGUGUCGCUACUGCUCCAAGGAGUUCGUCGCCGACACGCUGCAAUCGCAUCUGGUGAAGUGCGGAAGAGUUCCGAUCACCUGUCCGAAUCGGUGCGAUUCCAGCGUUCUCGCACGCGAAGAACUCGAGAUUCAUCUUAAGGAAGAAUGCACCAUCUCGGUGAUGCAGUGCAACUUCAAAGACGCGGGAUGCAGAUUCAAGGGACCCAGGUAUUCGAUGGAGAAGCAUCUGGAGGAGAACUGCCAAGAGCAUCUUUCGAUGAUGUGCAACGUCGUCACGAAGCAGCAGCACCAGAUCACGUCGCUGAAGAGCGCCCUCUCCCGCCUUUCCCUCAACUACUCGGGGACGUUAAUCUGGAAGAUUAGCGACUUCUCCGCGAAGAUGACCGAGGCCAAGAACAAGGAGGGCAUGGAAUUAGUCUCGCCACCAUUCUACACUAGUCAAUAUGGUUAUAAACUACAGGCGUCUCUCUUUCCAAAUGGUAACGGAGCCGGUGAAGAUUCGCACAUUAGCGUCUACAUAAAGAUCCUGCCCGGCGAAUACGACGCUCUGCUUCGUUGGCCAUUCGCGCAUUCCGUCUCCUUCACCAUCUUCGAUCAGUCCACCUGCCCGGAGAAGGCGUGCAACAUCGUCGAAAGCUUCAUCCCGGAUCCUACAUGGAAGAACUUCCAGAGGCCGAGCAAGGAGCCGGAUUCUCUGGGUUUCGGGUUUCCGCGUUUCGUCUCGCACGAGAUGCUCAGGAAGCGGCACUUCAUGAAGGACGACACACUCUUCAUCCGCGUCAAAGUGGAUCCCAGCAAAAUCGUCGCCGUCUAAGUCUUUAAGAGGAAGGAAGGAAACAAAAUCUUCAACACUUAACGACGACGAUCAAAAAAGAAGAAGCAAACGAGAAAAGCGAACCACAAAAACACAUUCAUGAUCUCUCUCACACAAACAAUCUUUUCAUCUUGUUUUCGUCCUUUUAAACCGAUGAUUUACAUGUACAUAUAGUUUAUAAUUUAUUUUCUCUUUAAUUUUUUGUUUAAACGAAGACUGCAAAAAAAGGAAAAC